CCUCUUACAGUACACUAGUUUGACUAUUUUCCGGCGAAGAUGGCCAAGAAGCGUGUCAUGGUCGCCGCCGAGAACAUCGACGCAUCCGCCGUCAAGUACGACCGGGAAGAAAUCAAAGCUCCGCAUUUGACGGGUUUCUUUCUGAAGCUAUUCGUAUGGAUCGUUGAGGCCCCCAUUCUUGGUUCUUUGAUAACCUCAGUGUUGAAGAAGCAGAACAAGAUGACUCAGUUAUUGAGGAACACUUACAUUCCGGAAGCGCCUAUGUUCAAACCUGAAUUUCCUCCUCAAGAGCCGGAUACCGGGGUGGUUGUUGUCGAUGAGGAUGGAAAGCCAGAAGACAGAGUUGAGGUGGCCUUCAAGUGUCUUCCAAACUAUGAUCCUGCUACCUCUUUUAAUGGGGAUGCAAGUUUGUCUUUCAGGUACUGGAAGAUUCGUGACUAUGCUUAUGCUUAUCGCUCCAAGAUUGCAACCCCAUCUAUGGUUGCGGAGCACAUUAUUUCAGCUUUAGAAGAGUUCAGCAAUAAGACACCUCCUCAGCCUUUGCUGCUUUCUUUUGAUGCUGAAGAAUUGAGGAACCAAGCUGCAGCUUCAACAAAGCGGUUCGAAGAAGGAAAUCCGAUAUCUAUCUUAGACGGGAUUUUCGUGGCAAUCAAGGAUGAUAUAGAUUGCUAUCCUCAUCCGUCCAAGGGUGGAACAACAUGGAUGCAUGAGGUUCGCACUGUCAGCAAGGAUGCAGCUUGUGUAUCGAAAUUACGUAGUUGUGGUGUGAUUUUUAUUGGGAAGGCAAAUAUGCAUGAGAUGGGCAUGGGAACAACAGGAAAUAAUCCAAAUUAUGGAACAACAAGAAAUCCCCAUGCACUGGACAGGUACACUGGAGGGUCUUCCUCAGGCCCUGCAGCAAUUGUAGCUUCUGGAUUAUGCUCUGCUGCCCUUGGAACUGACGGUGGAGGUUCAGUCCGUAUUCCUUCUUCUCUCUGUGGCGUAGUGGGCUUAAAAACGACAUAUGGACGGACUGAUAUAAGCGGGGCAUUAUGCGAUGCUGGUACUGUGGAAAUUAUUGGACCAAUUGCUUCUACAGUGGAAGAUGUUGUUCUAGUGUACUCAGCUAUUUUGGGCGCCUCUCUUGCAGAUAGAAUUAGUUUGAGACCGUCCCCACCUUCAGUGCCAGAUUUGUCAUUAUAUGAAAGUUUAAAUGUUCUGGGAUCCUUGCGACUGGGGAAGUAUACAGCGUGGUUUAAUGAUGUGCAUUCAACUGAUAUCUCUGAUAAGUGUGAGGAUGUUCUUAGUCUUCUAUCGAAAAAUCAUGGUUGCGAGAUUGCAGAAAUUGUUAUACCUGAGCUCCAUGAAAUGCGUACUGCUCAUCUUGUUUCAAUUGGAUCUGAAUGUGUCAGUUCACUAAGUCCGGAUUGUGAGGAUGGAAAUGGUGUGAGAUUGACAUAUGAUACACGUACCAGUAUGGCCCUGUUCCGAUCAUUUUCUGCAUCAGACUAUGUUACUGCCCAGUGCAUCAGGAGAAGGAUUAUGUACCAUCAUAUGGAGAUCUUCAAGAAGGUCGAUGUGAUAGUGACUCCCACAACUGGCAUGACAGCACCCAAGAUUCCACCCAGUGCUCUUAAAGAUGGGGAGACAGACAUGCAAGUUACAGGUGAUCUUAUGCGGUUUAUCAUCGCUGCAAAUCUUCUUGGACUUCCUGCCAUUUCUGUACCUGUUGGCUAUGAUAAACAUGGACUUCCAAUAGGCCUGCAACUAAUUGGCCGUCCCUGGGGUGAAGCUUCAAUUUUGCGUUUGGCUUCUGCAGUAGAGGAACUCUGCAUGAAGUCCAAGAAGAGGCCUGCAUCAUAUUUUGAUGUUCUAAAAUCUAAGUAAGGAGGUGCCUUCAUAGCGAAAACAACCCUGUAAGCAAGAUUCUCAGUUACCUGUAUGGGAAGACAAUUAAUCAAAAUUACACGACUGUUGUGAUAGAUAUUCAAUAAAAAAUUGCAAACAUCUGUAUAGUGUAGAUGUGCGUAGAAUGCCCCAACUUGGGAUUUGGAUGAAUUUAUUUUAGGACCCAGUGAUUACAUUGUAAAGGCAGAGACAUGUCAUCUAAGGCAUAGUAGGAAAAUGAAACAGAUAACAUGCUUAUUUACAUUCCAAAAUCCAAACUCCAAAGAUCAAAUUCAGAGUGUAAAGGCAGAAAACUUGAACAUGUUUGUUUAGAAUGUAACCACCCAUGCACAGCUAAACCCUGCCUCAAGAGGUAUAUGGCAGUAUUGGAUCCACCAAAUCCAUAUUUGGUGUUUCAAGAAACCUUGUUUUGUUAUU